UUGCAACUGAUUAACUUUACUCUUUAUAUUAUCAAAAAUCCUUACUUCUCAUUUUCUCUUCAUUACUUCUCUUCUUCUUCCAUCUCCAAAUCUUCGAAUCGAAGAAGUGAAAUCCAUGGCUCGAUUUGUGAUUCUCUUUGCUCUCUUUCUACUUCCUGCACUAGCCGCCGCAAGCCGCCCUGUCAGAACUCCGUUCGUUGUUCGUGGUAAAGUCUUCUGUGAUACUUGCCUUGCGGGCUUUGAAACCUCCGCUACCACCUACAUUCCCGGUGCUAAGGUCAGAAUUGAAUGCAAGGACAGGAACUCAAUGGAACUUCUAUACACUCGUGAGGCCACAACAGACUCCACAGGUUCUUACACGCUCUUAGUCAACGAGGAUCACGAGGACCAACUUUGUGAUGCUGUACUAAUCAGCAGCCCUCAGGAGAGAUGUUCAUCGGUAGCUGAAGGCCGUGACCGUGCCCGUGUGAUCCUCACCCGCUACAACGGUAUUGCCUCAAAUGAACGAUAUGUCAAUGCCAUGGGUUUUGCAAGAGAUGAACCUAUGGCCGGCUGCAACCAAGUCAUGAGUCAGUACCAGGACAUUGAAGAUUAGAAUUGAUUUUAGUCCUUAAAAUCACUUGAUGGUUGUAUUUCUGGAGGUAUAUUUGCCAUAUCUACGCUUUAUUCGGACACUGAACGGUGUUUGUCAUAUUGGAUUCUUAAGGAUGAUUAAUAUGUUUUGUUCAUUCACUUUAUUAUUAUCAUGGCCAGGAUGAUACUAUGAUCCUUAUUUAUGAAUACAAAAUAGUGAAAAUAGCUUCAUUUC